AUGGGGUGUCCAGGACCUAGUACUUCUAAAGGCACCCGGGAGAUUAGGAAGAAAAGAAAACAUGAUGAUUUGGAAGACCCAAUUGAUGAGGUUAGGAGUGAUGAAGAAACAUCCAGUAGCGAUGAAGAAUUGGAAGAUUGUGGCGACUCCGAGUCUUGUGGUGAAGAUAGAGAUGAAGCUGAUGGAAAUAGUGAUGAUGAUGACGAUGAUACCACUAGAUCACAAAGCCACCCAAGAGGAUCUGCUACUGGAGCGUCAUCCAAAGAUCAGGCCGGUGAUAAACAAGGCAACAAAGAUGACCACGGAGAUGGUGGUGCAAAUGAUGGGGACAACAACCCAAAGGAAAGCAUCAAAGAUUAUCCAGCCGUGACACAAUCAGGAUCUGCUGCCGGAGAUUCAUGUAAAGAUGAUGAUGGGGCCAACACUCAAAAGGAGAGCAACAAAGCUGAACCAGCUGGAUUUGCUGCCGGAGAUUCAUGUAAAGAUGAUGAUGGGGCCAACACUCAAAAGGAGAGCAGCAAAGCUGAACCAGCUGGCACACAAUCAGAUCCUGUUGAACCAUCAUCAGAAAAAGAUGAGGUUGCUGACAAAAGUCAAGGGACACCACCUAGCACACAGUCCGGCACACAAUCCGAUUCUGACUUUAGUGGCCUUUCACCAAUAACACCAGCAAAUCAGCAUGGCCUUCUAGGAUCUAUGACACUAUUGGACUUGAUGAAAACACCUACUAUUGGACUUGAUGAAAACACCUCCUGA